AUGUCAAGCCCCCAAGAGACCACCAGCGAUGGCACUCGCAAGAACUUCGAGCAGAUCACCUUCCGUUUCUGCUCCGAAUGCUCAAACAUGUUAUACCCCAAGGAAGACCCAGACUCACACAAGCUUCAAUUCACCUGCCGAACCUGUCAGUAUACUGAGGAGGCUACGUCGACAUGCGUUUUCCGUAAUAUCAUGAACAACGCUGUGGGAGAGACUGCUGGUGUAACCCAGGAUGUCGGAUCCGACCCUACGCUUCCCCGAUCGAACAAGACUUGCCCGGUUUGUAAACACGAGGAAGCCGUCUUCUUUCAGUCCCAACAGCGCAGUGCUGAGACCGGAAUGAAACUGUUCUACGUCUGCUGCGAUUGUGGUAACAUUUUCCAGUAG